GUAUUCUGGCUCAUCUGACUCCUCAAAGCUGCUAAUACUCGGGCACCGCUUGGGCUUUUUCACUGUGAUGAUCUGAAAGAGAAUUCACAUGUGAUGUGGUACUGGACUCUUUUCUAAAUCCAUUGGGGGUGGGCGUGGCAUCUCAUUUGCCUCCAAUAUGACCAGACCAAUCACUGGGGUCAAAGUUUGGGAACACUACGACUACGAGGGCUGCAUCAGUCGAAUCCACUGCAUUGGAGGCUUUCAGGAAGAUAUGAUGAUGAGAGGAUCUAUUUAUUAAUAUUCGUGACCUCCAGAGGACGUUCUCUUUUUGCUGGCACAACAAAUGGGGAUGCCUUUAACUUCUAUCCAGUGCAUCCUGACUCAGAGCUGCAGAUGCUAAGUGGACGUUACAAUGGCGCAUGCAUCACUUCUCUGGCAGCUCACUGGGGAUUGCCCUACGAUGACAACUAUAAAUAAAACGACAUGCGUGAUCGGCAUCGCACAGAACGAUGAUCCAGUCUCUAUGUGUUGCCAUACUUUUUGUCAGCUGUGUAGCCAACAAUGUGGUACUGGACUCUUUUCUAAAUCCAUUGGGGGUGGGCGUGGCAUCUCAUUUGCCUCCAAUAUGACCGGACCAAUCACUGGGGUCAAAGUUUGGGAACACUACGACUACGAGGGCUGCAUCAGUCGAAUCCACUGCAUUGGAGGAAUCCAGUUUCGCUAUGACACUGAAUGGUCCGAUGUAACUGGGCGCACACAUGGCAUGACACAGGAGAUUGAGCUGUUUGAUGAAGAGUUCAUUAUCCAGCUUUCAGGAAGAUAUGAUGAUGAGAGGAUCUAUUUAUUAAUAUUCGUGACCUCCAGAGGACGUUCUCUUAUUGCUGGCACAACAAAUGGGGAUGCCUUUAACUUCUAUCCAGUGCAUCCUGACUCAGAGCUGCAGAUGCUAGGUGGACAUUACAAUGGCACAUGCAUCACUUCUUUGGCAGCUCACUGGGGAUUGCCCUACGAUGACAACAACAAAUAAAACCACAUGCCUACCUCUUGUGAUCUCCUCCAGUCUUGGUAGCUCAGGAAACUGCUGCUGGCGUAGGACAGAGUGCAAUCAGAAGCAGUCCCUUGGGGGUCACGAUGACAGGUUGGUUAAAAGUCACAGUGGAAAUGCUGUUUUGGGGGGAUACUGGACCCCUCCAGGUGGACCCGACAGCUGCCCCGUCCAUGGCUGUGCUGCUCUCUGCUCAGUCUCCGUGUGGAUGUGGACAUU